CGAGUUGGUAUUCUCGAAGCGCGGGGGUGGCGUUACUCUGCCUUGUGGCUGCCUGCGGUGCUGGCGUAGCGGCCGCAGUUGGCGUAGCAGCUAGCAGAGGCGGCUGUGGCGGGGAGCAGCGGCGGCGGUGCGAGGAGAAGGCAGGAGGUGUGAGCAGGGACCGGGCUGGGACCGGGACCAGGACCGAACCGCAGGCUGACCCAAAGACCUGUAGCAAGGAGUUUCACAAGAGGAGGAGAUAGCAACUGGAAGCUCUCUGAACGUGCUGCCCACAGACCUAAGGCUUUUCCAUCGACCCAAGAUGACUUCCCAGAAGAGACACUGUCUGGAGGGGUUGUAUUGAAGACAGAGCACUGCAGCCUCUUACUGGGACAGCUCCUGCUGGUCUGGAGCUGAGACUGACUUCUCUCCUUUCCUUUUCCCUUGGAGAUGUUGCAGAGAUUUAAUCUGACCUCUUCCUCCUCACCUGAAGCCUGCCGUGGCGAUGAUCCCACAGCCAGAUCCGACCACCAAAGAGAAGAGAAUUGUGCAUUUGAAGCUGGGCCAUCCUUGUAACUGAGCUGGAAUUUACUCCCUGCUUGUGCUCCUGGAACGGGUGCCGUUCCUCUGCUUCUCUGUGUGUGUUCUGUGCUGCUCCUCCCUGAUCUUGUUUGGAAUUCUUGGGCUUUCCACGCUGAAUUUGCCCAUGGCUUUCCUGAUGAAGAAGAAGAAAUUCAAAUUUCAGACAAGUUUCACUUUAGAAGAGCUGACUGCAGUCCCCUUUGUGAACGGGGUUCUGUUCUGCAAGAUUAGGCUGCUAGAUGGAGGAGACUUUGCUAGCUUAUCUACCAGAGAGGAGGUUCAGGAAAACUGUGUCCGCUGGAAAAAGAAAUUCACCUUUGUGUGUAAGAUGAGUGCCAACCCAGCUACAGGACUCCUGGACCCCUGCAUCUGCCGAGUAUCUGUCCGUAAGGAGCUGAAGGGCGGAAAAACCUACUCAAAGCUGGGCUUUGCUGAUCUAAAUCUGGCAGAAUUUGCAGGCUCUGGAUCCACUGUCCGUUGCUGCUUGCUGGAAGGAUAUGAUACUAAGAACACCCGACAGGACAACUCCAUCCUAAAGGUCACAAUUGGAAUGUCCCUGCUGUCAGGGGACCCCUGCUUCAAAACCCCUCCUUCCACUGCCAAGUCCAUCACCAUACCAGGACAGGACUCAACCCUGCAGCUCACCUGUAAGGGGGAGGGAACCACCAGCAGCAGCAGUUCAGCCACAAUUGGUUCCCUGCGUCAGACCAAGCCCAGAGCUACAAUCCUGAGCUCAGGUGUCCCAGAAGAACCAGAUCAGAACCUGUCCAGCCCAGAGGAAGUCUUCCACUCGGGGCACUCGCGGAACUCCAGCUACGCCAGCCAGCAGUCCAAGAUCUCUGGGUACAGCACGGAGCACUCCCGUUCCUCCAGCAUGUCUGACCUGACCCACCGCAGGAACACCUCCACCAGCAGCAGCGCCUCCGGAGGGCUGAGCAUGACAGUGGAGUGUCCUGAGGGAGAGCGGGACCACAAACUGGAGAAGCCCCCUCGCCCCCCCAGACCAGCCCUUCUGCUGGACAGACCCUCACGGAGGAAAAAGGACUCAGUGGAGAGUCACCCAACCCGAGUGGAUGACACCAGGAUCGAUGCUGAUGAUAUAGUGGAGAAAAUAAUGCAGAGUCAGGACUUCACAGAUGUCAGCAAUACUGAAGACAGUAACCUGAGGCUAUUUGUGAGCAGAGAUGGAACAACGACAUUGAGUGGCAUUCAGCUGGGAAACAGGGUCUCCUCUGGAGUUUAUGAGCCAGUGGUGAUUGAAACCCACUAAAUGUGAAGAACAGGGUAGAGCUGCUGGAAACAGGCCCCCUACCCAGUCUGCUGCAACAUGGAUGCCAACCUAUACCUCUCUUCAUGCAGCAUUCCAGAAGGGAUUUCUCCAUGCCCCUCCCCAUACAUUUGCACUGCAGAACAACUCCAAGACCACUCCAGAUCAUGCACUUUCCCUGCGUUGGCAUUACCCUUCUCUGCUUCCCAUUUCUUCCAGUGCCUGUCCUUCCCCCUGUUUCUGAUCAGACACGAGGUGUCUGUUGGGUUUAUCCUUAGUCCUAGAGGAUGUUUCUCAUCUGCAUCCCUCACUCUACCAUUCACUUGCAACAGGGGACUUCUCAGCUUCUGGCUCCCCAAAACUUUGGGUUAUACCACUGUGAACUCUUCAAACUACUGGGGGAGGGGGAAACCAUCCUAACCAAACUGAGAGCUGCUUCUUUGUGACACGGUGAAAUGGCCACUUGCAGGAGGCUUUAUUCCACUGACUCUGCAAGGGAACAUCACCUUCCAAGGCAACGGUUUUACUGAACAAAGUAUGCUACGGUGUGCACUUCACUUCCUACCCUCAAAUCCCCAAACAUCCACUUCUCAUAGGAAAUAUCUCCCAAAAAGUGCAUUUCAGAAAACUACCGUGAUCCAGAUGGGAGCUGAUAAACAGUUAAAUGCUAGUGCUUGUUGUACCACUAACUGCUACCCCUUCCACUGCUGGGCAUGGAAGGGCAGUGUUCAUCUGUUAGCACUAGCAGGAGCACUUUAGAGCUUCCAGAUUUUACCUGGAGGAGGCUUCUACUUGCUGUUCCAGGAGUGUAAUUCCUGUUUGCUGGACUGGUUCAACAAAUAGUCACUGUUGGAGCUUGGAAUACAAAGCCUCUUUUUUGUUUUGGGGUUUUUUGGGGUUUUGUUUUUUUUUCUUGGUGGUUUUGGGGUUUUUUUGGGUUUGGGUUUCUUUUUUUUUUUUUUUUUUUUUUUGGCUCAGGAAGGGAGCUGCCCUUCUUGAAUUGUGAAAAGAAUCCAGUUGUCUGAUAGCUCUCCCCUGGACCAGAGUAGGAUUCAGUUGGCUGCAGUGGUCUCUGUGUUGUGGUGGUGAUAAACAAUUGCCUCUCUUGGCCUGGGCCAGGAAGGGAAUUGGUGUUGGUUGGUCUAUUGGUCAGUAGGGAUUUAUGGUUCCUUUUUGGGGCCAGGGAGAAGCCACCAUCUCUGUCUUCAAAGGCAGAAUGGGCGUUUGCUGCUGCAUUAACCACAGCAGCCUCUCUUACCUGCUUCGUGGUGAGUGAACUCUUCUGACAAAGCUUCAGUCUGUUCCCUGGCUGAUCUUUCAAUUGCUCUUCUUCGAGUUUGGUUUCUGCAGUUGUUUGGCACUUUAGCUGCCUCUUUCCUUGCCUUGCAUGGCAGAGAUGUCAGUCCCUUUCAGCUCCCACUUAGAGAUUCUCCUGGCAGCAGAACUGCAAAGGAGGAGGGAGCUCUGCAGACUCACUGCCAGCAGGCUGUGCUUGCAGCCCUUCCUGUGCUGACUCUCUCAGCAGAUAAGCUGUUUCUGUCUGGUGCCCUUUCCUCUUCCUCUGGUGUCCUGCAGUAGCAGUGGGAGCAGUGACACACUCCUGGGCACAGCACAGGCAGCCACGUGCCCUCCCCUGGCACACGUGUGUGCGUGCACACUCACAUGCCUGCACACUUGUCCCCUUCAGCAAGGAAAGAAUUAUAACUGAGCACGUUGUUGUCCAAAUCCUUAAUUAUUGUCCUGCCUUUUUUUGUUUUUGAAGGAGAAAACAAACAAGCAAGCAAACAAAAAAGGAUUAAUUGGUCUCUGUAGCCAGAAUGCAUGCAGAUGAGCUACUGGAAAAGGGAAUUUGUCAGAAUGAGAAACAAGGCAUGAAAGGGCCUUGAUUUAUAUAUAAUUUUUUUUGUUUGCCCUGCUAGCUAAGGAUGGGGAGGGUGCAAGGCAAGGGGGCACAGCUAUAUGGCUUCUUAUUCAGUUUUGAUGGUUUCUCUCUUUGAAUCAAGAGGCUUCUUUCUGUAUUUGGACAGACCACACAUAGGAUAUGGAUCUUUUCCACCCUUUCCCGAUCAAAGGGAAUUCACUUUGGAUUAGGGUAGGGAGGCAUACAGGGAACACCUUGGCUUGGUUUAAUGUAGGGAAAGGCUGUUGGAUCUUUUGAGUCUGUCUAGAACAAAAGCUCUUUCACACUUGCUGGUGUUUUUUAAUGGUGAUCUCCAUUCAGCCUGGGUAGGCUUGGCACUCACUAGCAGGCUGGUGAGCAUCCUGCCCUCUUCCUGGGACACUGCAUGUCUGCAGGAAGGGGAGAACUGCCUGUUUUUCUCUCUCCCUAAGGCUCUGCCAAAAAGCCAGGCCUGGCCUGACCCUCUGCUGGGGUCAGGGUGAGGGCAGGAGCAGGCUGGGACAGCAAUGGGUGUUCCUGCCCUGUCUGCCCAUGCUGGGCUGAGAGUUGGGCUGCUCCCCAGGGGCCAGCAAAGCCCCUCAAGAAAUCAAGUCCAACCAGGGCUUGAAAGGAGCAAACAUAAGCCAGGAAAGGGGCCAAAAUCCAGCUCACUUCUGCUGCUUUGCUUCUCUUCCCAUGGAAAACAAUGGCAGUCACUGUCAGAGCAGUUGGGAACCCAGAGCUUUCUUCUGGGCUCCCCCUGGCAAGGGGCUGCUGCUCCGGGGCGCUGGCAGCUCAGGAUGUCACAAAAUCCCCAGUGGGACAGAGGGAGGAAUCUCCUCCCAGCAAAGCAAGAGGAGAAGCAAGUGAGCUUCUCAGAAAGCUGAUCUCACCAUCCCAGGCUGGCAGAGGUGUAACCUGCUCCAUCGCAUAGCUGUGGCCAACUUGGCACAUCUCUGGCUUCUCUUCCAGCAGCUUGGCACACCACUGCUUGUAUUUUUGAUAACUGUGUCCCAUUAGGGUCUCUCUUCUUUGUCUCCACAUUAUUGACCCCACAGAUCUUGGCCUUUCUGUAGCUUUUUAGCUCUCCUACCCCUCAUUUAGAAUAAGAAAGCAGCCCUAAGUCAUUCAGCCUGGGCUGGAACCCCCAGAGCAGAGCUGGAGGAGGGAAGGAGCAGUCUGUUCCCAUUUCUAGAUCCCACACAGAGCUCCCCAGAGCUGCGUGCCCACCACGAGUGAUGCUCAGCAGUCCCUGGCCAGGGUGGGGUGGGUGGAAGUGGGGUCACUUGUCCCACAGACUCCCUCGGGAUGCUACAUCUUGCGAGCACUUUUUCCUUGUGGCAUCCCUGCCAUCUGUUCCUUGUUGGACUUUGAGCAUUUAAGAAGUGAAUCAGUUUCCAGACCCAAACCUCUGGCUAGUUUCCUUUUGGGUGUUGCUUUUUUGGUGGUUGUUUUUUUGUCUUGAAGUUUAUUGAAUUUUUUUUUUUUUUUUAAUAAACCCAGCAGGCUGGUGGUUUGGUUUUGGGUGUUUUUGUUUUUUGUUUUUUUUGUUUGGUUUGGUUUUUUUGGUUGGUUUUUACUGCAUUAUUGUUUCAUUGAUAUUUUAGUCUGGGGGGGGAAGAGGGAGGAUGUUCUUCCCCACAUUGUUCCCCUUCUCAGGGGAUGCAGAGGUGGCUUAAACAACUAAAAGGACCUUAUUGGCAGGACUCUGUGUCCCCUGGGUCUCUGAUGCUGGCAAGCAGGGCUGCUCACACCUGGCUGAGCCUGGAGAGCAGAGCUGGCUCUCUGCUCUGGUCUGGGGGCCAGAAAUCUGUUGGCUCUGCUCUCCCAGCUCCUGGACCUGUAGUUGGUGAAAGCCCAUUGCAAGGAGUUGGGAAAUUCAAUGUAACUUUUUUUACUAACUUUUUUUUUAAAACAAAAUACCGAACAGUGUAAACUGAGUUGUUGUCCAAAAGAAUAGGUUUAGUUGUGACUUGGGUGAAGGAGAUAGGUUUCAAAGCAAAAUUAAUGGGGGGAAAAAAACAUUUCAAAAAUGAUGACAAAAGGGGGAAGGAGGAUGCUGCUCCUCUGUUGUGUUCUUCUGUAUGGUUGGCACUUUACACGGGGGCCUUUGUGCUGUCCUGACCCUCACUGGGACAGGCAGCAAAUGUGUGAUCUCUCCCUGCCCCCCCUCAUUGCCACAUCACUUUGCUCCCCCAUUCCCCCUCAGAAAGUUAAUAAGCCCUUUUAAAUGUUUGCUUCAGUUUUUAGAGGGUUCCAAACCAGGCUGAGACCUGAAGAGAAAAUAGGUUAUUUCAUUCUCAUCUUAAUAGGAGGGGUUUGAGUUUUUAUUUAUUUCGUCGUUACUGUUUCUUUUUAAACCGGUGGCUGUGCAGCUGGACUCUGCACUCCCCAUCCUGAACCUCUGGGAAAAAAAAAACCUCACUCCAGGUACGCUCGAGCACCGAGGUUGAACACCCCUCCUGGAGAGGGGUCCCUGCUCUCCCCCCUCGCUGCCUUACCCAGGAGCUGCAAAUCCACCCUCUGCCCCCCCAACCUCACCCUGAACGAGUUCUUGCUCUGGGACUGAGCCCUGUGGACAAGGCUGUGGUCCCCAGGGGGGAUGAGUUCCUACAAACACUGCCUGGCUGCAGAUGUUUGUCCUUGAAAAGCCACUUCCUCACUCUGGGGAGCAGCAGGGGGGCUGGGAUGAUCAGCUCAAAAUUCCCCUCACCAUGCGUGGUCCUUCAGCCCAUCCCAGCCCGAUGCCCUCCACAGCUCCACAUCCAUCACCCCUGCCCCGUCAGGAGGGAACAAACAUGGAAAACUGGGGAAUGAAGAAGGAAUUUGGGAUGGAGCUCUGAGUGAGAAGUGUGGCUGAGCCUCGGGACUUGCCUCAAAGACAGGGAGUAAGAGUAGAGCCCGUAUUUUUGUGGGGGGAGGGUGGGGAAGGGGAGAUCAUGUUUUAUUUUCUUGAGAGUUAACUGAGCUUGGUGAUCUUGAGAUGAGGCGCGCACUUGAUUUAUACCAGAUUCUAUAGAGAGAUGGCUGAUAUUUUUGGAAAGGGAAUGGGUCUAUGCAAACUUCCAAACUUGCUUGAAAGAUAGUUUAACAUUUUUUUACUUUGAAAUCUAAAGAUAAAUCUAACUUUUUUCUUAAAGCAGAAGCGCGUUUAGAAAGAGAAGCUACUUCCACUGCUCUAUUUUGAUGAUGAUUCUUGGAAAGUUUGGGCUGGAGGGAAUGACUAUUUUUCACCAUUUUUAUCUUGCUCCUCUAGUUUGUUUUUUUGUUUGUUUCUUUUUCUAACGGAAUGCUGUGGCGUCUUUGAUUCAACAGAUCGUGUUUGUAUUUUCUGUAUCUGGUUCCUAAUGUAGAGAAAUAACAAAUAUAUGAGGAAAUCAAUAUAAUGUCAAAUGUUGUUAUGGUUUGGGGGGAAAUAAAGGUUUUUGGUACUUCA